GGGUUCUUUUCUUCCUAAUUGCAGUUUUAUUUUUUGCUUCGCCUCUGAGCAGACCUGAGUCGGUGUCGCCAUGUCUGGCCGCGGCAAGCAAGGUGGGAAGGCGAGAGCCAAGGCGAAAUCGCGAUCCUCCCGCGCUGGCCUCCAGUUCCCCGUCGGCCGCGUACACCGCCUGCUCCGGAAAGGGAACUAUGCGGAGCGGGUCGGCGCGGGAGCCCCCGUUUACCUGGCCGCAGUGCUGGAGUAUCUCACAGCUGAAAUACUGGAGCUGGCUGGCAACGCUGCCAGGGACAACAAGAAAACUAGGAUCAUUCCCCGUCAUCUGCAGCUGGCGGUUCGCAACGACGAAGAAUUGAACAAGCUGCUGGGAGGAGUCACUAUUGCCCAGGGUGGAGUCUUGCCCAAUAUCCAGGCUGUUCUGCUUCCCAAGAAGACAGAGAGCCACAAGCCCAAAGGCAAAUGAGGAAGCGGGCUCUUCACCCAACAAAACGUACAUCUGCAUAAAAAAGGCUCUUUUAAGAGCCACCCACAAAUACCGUAAAAGGCUGGAAAAAAUCACUACCGUAGUGAAAUGCGUUCGUAAUUAAGUACCUUUACCCCCACCCCGCGCAAGGAGCUUUUGACUUAUUUCAAGGGGAGUAACAUUUUUGCUUCGCUGCACAUGAUCUGCAAUAGGAUUUAGAAAUGGUAGUAUAAACAUAAGCGGCAGCACAACUCUUUUGAUGAAAACGUGGAUGGCCCUUAAAAGGGCCUUUUGUUUUUUGUGGGGGGUAACUGCUAAUGCUACUACGGCAUUGCCUAAUUUUAGCCGCCGAAUCCGUACAGCGUGCGGCCCUGGCGCUUCAAGGCAUAGACCACAUCCAUCGCCGUCACGGUCUUCCUCUUAGCGUGCUCCGUGUAAGUCACGGCAUCGCGGAUGACAUU